AUGAUUAAUGCUUUAGGCACUGCCGGCGAAAGCAUGUCGAACGCCGGAAGAGCAGGGAGUACUUUAAAAUCGGGCGAAGAACUUGGUAAUACGCGAGCUUUAGCCUUCCAGAAAUCGUUCGAGAAUACCCCCAUGGCUUCUUAUCAGAAGAACCCCUCAUCAGCCCAAAUUUCUGGCUCAUCUAGAUCCUUCGGCUCUCAACCAAUAAUCAAAGGGGCCAAACAGCCUGAGCUUCGACGGAAACCUUCCUGGCUUGACGAUUCUGGAAUCAAAAUUGAUGCCGAGUAUCGUGAUCCUACCUCCAAGGAGCUAAAAGAGUUCGACAAACAAAAACUCCAGAUCAUCAAGGCCCUGGAUAACAAAGAACAGGGGUUUAAUCUGGGAAAUGGAAAGCUCUACAAUGCGCGGAAUCUUGUUGAACUGCUUGAACAGAAAAUAAUACCGAAAGGCCAGGUGCCAGGACGGAAGAUGUAUGGAAACUACGGUUCCUACCUCCAAGCUCUUACAAUUCCUGGUGAACAUGAGGCCCAGAGUGCUGUAACUACAUUGCUCAAUGAGCUUGACAGAGCUACGCUGGCAAAGUUUCAGAGGGAAUAUGAACUGACGUUGCUCAGUCUUGCAUCCGUUCAAAACAUUAUCCCAAAGCGAAUAAGUAGCUUCUUCCCAGAUCUGCUGGAGAAGAACGCCAUCGACACUGAUAAGUUUGCUAAAGCACGAGCGAUCCAGUUGAGCGCCAAGUCCGCCGAAGAGCCUUCCAAUCCAAUUUACUCGACAGUAGAAGAAGUCAUCCACGCACUACCCGCAGACUUCGACUUGACCACAGAGCUCUAUCACUACUCGUUGAUGAAAGGUUUUGAAAAGAUCUUAGCUGAAGAACGAGAGCAAAUUCAUCCGCUCAUCGAGAAUACAGCCAAUAGACAGAUAAAUUAUGUCUUCAAAAACCCUUGGAGUGUGAGGCUACAAGCAGAAUCCUACAUCAACAAGCUGGGCGAAGCCGAAUUUGAAAGAUGGUCUGGCGAGCAUCCUUCCACAAUAUUUCAGAAACUUACCCAAACUCCGCAAGAUCCAGAUAAAAUUCUUUAUGCCGUCAAUAAUAGGAAAGGAUCUCUAAAGACACAUGAUUACGAAACCCUCAGAGAAGCUAACACUGGUCGUAGGGCCUUCAGGAAAGAACUCAGAAUAAUCGAACAACGCGUUUCUGCUAGCCAAGAUCCGGAUAAGGUACAGUAUUUAGAAACACUAAAAAAAUUAGAAAAAGAAGCUAUAAACCUCGAUUCAAUCAAUUACGCUUACGUUGAAGAGUUGUUCAAUAAAAAAUUGAUUGAUGCAUCCACUCGAGCCAAAUUGAAUCCGACCCAUGGGAUAAGCAAACAGCAAUUCAUGGAAGCUCUAGGUACACAGGAAGAUUUCAAAAAAAAAUUGGUAUCGCAAUUCAAAAAUAACCUAGUGAGUCGGAUUGGAGACCCAGUCGAAUCUUCUGAAGAGAUGGGAAAUGUGCACCAGAAAGCUGGAGAUAUUCUUUACAAAAUGUAUUUCGACCAACUUGACAAGAAAGCCAAUCAAUUCUAUCUCACGAGAGAGGCAUUCGAAAGGCCCUACAACAAAGAUUUCGAAAAAGCCUUCAAGGUCUAUGACGCAAAGGUCGUUAAAAAGUUCCUUCAGCAGCCGGAUAUUGAGUCUAUUACAAAAGCUUAUGUGGAUGCUCAUAUUCCUGCUGCAAUCGUUCCGGAUUCAGCGCUGGAAAGAUUCCUGAAUGAAGUUCACCUGAAAUCACCUUUCCCCAAAGCGGAUGGAGGGACAAUAUCCAAUUUACUUCCAGGCUUGGACAAAAGACUAGCAGAAUUCUGGCAUAAACCUUUGGUCAAGGACGAUGAGCGUCUGAAGGGUACCCGAUGGGAAACGUUAACAGAGGAUUCUCGGGAAAAACUGAAUGGUGCAGCACAAGACAUUUUCAAACACUAUGAUGUGUUGAACAAGGCGGCAGAGGAUCAUGAUGCUCUAUCCAAAUCAGUCAGAAACAUUGAAAAUAGUAUCUAUCAAGAGAUCCCUAGGAUUAAUCAACUGUUCAGAAGAAUUUCAAAACUUGCAGAGCCACCUACCCCCAAGCCAGGUCCUGAGAUGUCAGAAGAAGAAAUAAAGCAAAUCAACAAAAAGUACACUGACCGACUUUCCAGAAAGAAAUUGCGGGAUUCAAUGGGGGACUGGGUGAGAAAAAUCAAAAAUUUUGUGGCAGACAAGUUAAAAAAUUGA